AUGGCUAUCAACGACGGUGGAAACGAUAGUGAACUUCCUGGCGAUAUGGCUGCACCCAUUACCGCCGCGGAACAAUUCACUCAGUUUCGUGAACCUCUGCCUGAAGCUUCGGGAUCGACUAUUGGCGAACCCUCUCGUCCUGCAAGUCCUGAAUCUGCUGCGAGACCUCCUCCGCCUCCUCCGCCAACCAUGCCUUUGCGAGACCCUGUACCGCCCACUCAGUAUUAUGCUGUUCCGCCUCCACAGCCAAUAUACCAGAUGAUAUACAGCGCUAUGCCGGCCCCAGGAUCUCAGGGAGCUCCUACUUUCGAUGAGACCAACGCGUCUGAGUUCCUGAGGAAAUUGGAGGAUACCUGCCGACGGAGUGGCAUUGUUCAACAUGCUGCGAUCAUGGACCUUCUUCCUCAAUAUUGUGAAAGACCGCCACGUGUCUGGGUUGAAAGUCAGGAUGCAUGGAAAGUGAGAGAUUGGCAGACGUUCCGUGAGGACUUCCUGGACCACUAUCAUGAUUGGGACGAUGAACAAUUGAGAUACAACAAGCGGUAUCUUAACAAGCUUGCAAAUGGUGAUCGAUCGACAAACGAUGAAAUCAGGCGCUAUCUGAGCGAAUUUCAUGAGGUUUCUACAGAGGUAUUCUUGCUUGGUCGUCUAAGCGAUGGUGAACGAGCUGAUCUGCUGAUCAAAGGUCUUCCUGAGAAAUGGCAAGCGAAGAUCUUGAAGCGUCAUGCACUGAAAGCGCGUUCCCGUAGCGAUGAGAUAUCUUAUGAUGAGGCAUACAAGCAAGUUCAGACAAACCUGCGUGUUGAAGCCGAUGUUUAUCGAAAGGUUGAAAGGAAAGAAGUCAAGAAUAUGUCGUCAGACGAGAGACAGUUAUCUUUGGCACCCCUGCGUCCUGCUCCUUCUGCUCCUACUGUUCAACCGAUUCCUGUUGCGAUGGCUAAUGAUCGACAGACUGAGGACCAUACAUCGAGAGCAAUUGAUGAUGUGGCUCGGAAGCUGGAAGCGCUUGCGUUGAAACUGGAUGCUAGGACUGAUCGCCGGAAUAACCCUUUGUAUGAACAAAACCGAGGAGUACCGUCGAAUGGCAUGGGAGUCAAUCCUCCUAGGGAAUGCUGGACAUGUGGAGGUCCACACAACAGUACGCCUGAACAAUGCGACGCCAUCCGGGACUUUGAAGCAAAGGGAAUGAUUCACCGCAAUGCCGCCACAGGGAGAACAACCCUAGGAACUAAGGCUCAUCCUGGUCCUGAACUAAGGCUGCGAAUGGGUGUUCUGAGAAAGGACUUGAUUCCGGAACAAUAUGCUGCAUGGGCAAGUCAAAACGUACCGCAGUCUGGAAGUAACCAUGUCCAAUCAAUACCUUCAGCACCAGCACAGUUCCUAGGUGCGUCUCUCAAUAGUAUUCCAGGAAGCAAUGAAUACUACUCGGCCCCAGUGCGAUAUAUUGCUGCGUCUCUUCUUGGGUCUCAGCCUGCAUGGGAAAAGCUGUCAGAGGAUGAGGAAGAAUAUGGAGAGGAAUAUUGGGCAGGUCCAGUUAAUGCUAUCGGAGGUCAGGUCCAGGAUGGUCGUGUCAGGAAAGGAAAACAGCGAGCGUCUGAUUAUGCGCGCACCCGAAAUGCUCAGCAAGGUCGCUUUCAACCACGCAUUGAUGAUGCUAAUGAGGGUGAGGCUGAACCAAUGCAUGUACCAGAUGAUACCCAGGGAGCUUCUCAGGAACAAACGCUGCAAGGUUUUCCGGCCGGAAACCUAUCUCCCAAUGACGUUCCGCGUCGUGUCAGAGGACCACAGGAUCCUGCCGUUGCUGAAAAAAGGUCUAUGAUCACCGAUCUGAUACUGCGGAAGGUUUGGGAAACUAGCGUUACGAUCUCUAUUGGUGAACUGCUUGGUGCUGCGCCUCGUAUUCGAGCAGGAGUCGGAAAGGAUAUUAGCACUGAUGCCAUAAGUCAGAAGCUCACCGAGGUCAUUAACCAGGUGCCCAUCAAUGCCGCUGUCGCGGAGAUCUCUCAAUGCGUCGAUGCCCAAGUCCAGGAUGUCCAGAAAACAGCUCUCUCUCAUUUUAUGUCGUUCGGACCUGAUCAUAGCGUUUCGAUUCCACAGGCUGCUAGUUCUUCGGUCAGCUUCCAAGCUGCGCAAGUUACCGAUGCUCCUAUGAAGUCUCGCCAGGAAUACACGCGAGGUUUCAUGUAUGCAACAACAGUUAUUGGUGACCAGAUUGUCAAAGCCUUGAUCGAUACAGGAAGCGCAGUCAAUAUUAUUCAUCGCAAGGUGAUCAAGCGCAUGAAUGUUCUACCAGAUAUGAGACUCAAACCACAUCUUCAACUUACCCCAGUGGACGGAGGUCGUGGAAUCAGCGUUUCAGCAUGUCUUGAGCACCUACCAAUUACUAUCAGCGGUGUCACGGUUAAUUCUCAUACAAUGGUGACAGACCAUACCACUAAUGAUUUGCUUCUCGGUCGAUUGUGGGCGAAAAAUGCGGGGUUGCGAACUGAGGAAAUGGCAGACGGCCGCGUUAUGUGCACCAUUUUUGACGAAAGCCGCACGCAGCAAGCUUCGUUUGUUGCAUAUCGUCCUAGUGACAGCGGGUCUAUCUUCGAAAACCAGCUGUGGCCUCAGGAUUUCUCUUCUUUAAACGACGAGCAGGGUAUGUAG